AUGCAGCCCGGGCCGAAGCGCCGAGCUGUCCGCCGUCCGCACCGUCCCGGUGCGGCCGGCGUCUCGCUCGGCGCCCUGCCGGCGGCUCCUGCGCCGGCUGCGGCCGCAGCAGCAGUCGAGGCCGACGAAGAGGACGAGUGGGAGAGGGCGUGGGCGGCGGACGCCGAGGACGGGGAGGAGGAGGUUGGGUACCUCUGGGGCAUGAACAUCUUCUCGUACGGGACGUACGACGGGGUGCAGCUGUCGGCGGUGGAGGUGCGCAGGCUCAAGGACGAGGAGCGCGCCGCGCUGCUCGCCUCGCGCAAGCUCGUCCUUGGUGUGGGCGGCUCGCCGUCGCUGCACUGGCUUCCCCGACUCGGGCUCUGGACAAAGCUGCGGCCCGGCCUGCACCCCUUCUUGCGGCAGCUGGUGCAGCGGUUCGAGCUGUACGUCUACACGAUGGGGGCGCGCAGGUAUGCGGCCGAGGUGGUGGAGCUGCUCGACGCCGACGGUCGGGAGGGACUAGCCUGGCCGUAG